UGCAAUUAUUCCCAAUGUCCUCAAAUUCACAAGGACAAACAUCAUUUUUAGGUUCACAAGGUUCGUACAAAUUGCAAAGAGAAGAAGACUUCGAACUCCUACUUGAGUCAACAGCACUCAACCAAAAUGGCAUUCUAAACCAAGACCAAACUGUGCCUUUCAAGAAUCAAAACACUGAUGCGAUGCCGGAAGUACAUGCCGGGAGAGACGUGGCGCCGGAAUAUAUGAGGCUUGGAGGUGAAUCAAGCAAUAGGGAGCUUGAAGUUGAGAUAGAAGAGAUAAAACUGAUGUGUGUGAUCUGCUUGGGGGAGAUGGAAGAAGAGACAUCAACUCUUUGUGGGCAUAUUUUUUGCAAAGACUGCAUCAUGAGUGCUAUAUGGAUGAAAAGGAGAUGCCCUGUCUGCCUGACGCCACUCUCCAUAGGUAGCAUCCACCGCAUCUUCUUGCCUACUGGAGAUUGCCACUCUCUAAUAUGAGAGAGAGAGAGAGAGAGAAGGAUUGAAAUUUUCUUGUGAACAUGGAAUUAUUCAUUUCUUUCUUUUGUUUCUUGUUGACUGUCCUCAAGGCCAGGAGAUAACAAAAGCCCAUGUACUGAAUUAACUCUCGGUGCUAUGCAGAUCUCUG